UGACUGAAGCCAUACUAUUUUAUAGAAUUAAUGGAGAGCAGAAAAGACAUCACAAACGAAGAACUUUGGAAGAUGAAGCCCAGGAGAAAUCUAGAAGAAGAUGAUUAUUUGAAUAAGGACACAGGAGAGACCAGCAUGCUGAAAAGACCUGUGCUUUUGCCUUUGCACCAAACAGCCCAUGUUGAUGAAUUCGAUUUCCCCUCAGAACUUCAGCACACACAGGAACUCUUUCCAAAAUGGCGCUUGCCAAUUAAAAUAGCUGUUAUUAUUUCAUCUCUGACUUUUCUUUACACUCUUCUGAGGGAAAUAAUUCACCCUUUCAUAACUUAUCAUCAACAAUAUUUGUAUAAAAUUCCAAUUUUUGUCAUCAACAAGGUCUUGCCAAUGGUUUCCAUCACACUGUUAGCAUUGGUUUAUUUGCCAGGUGUGAUAGCAGCAGUUGUACAGCUACAUAAUGGAACCAAGUAUAAGAAGUUUCCACAUUGGUUGGACAAAUGGAUGUUAACACGAAAGCAAUUUGGGCUUCUCAGUUUCUUUUUUGCUGUACUGCAUGCAGUUUAUAGUCUAUGCUAUCCAAUGAGGCGAUCCUACAGAUACAAGUUGCUAAAAUGGGCAUACCAACAGGUCCAACAAAAUAAAGAAGAUGCUUGGAUUGAGCAUGAUGUUUGGAGAAUGGAGAUUUAUUUAUCUCUGGGAAUUGUGGGACUGGCAAUACUAGCUCUGUUGGCUGUGACAUCUAUUCCAUCUGUGAGCGACUCUUUGACAUGGAGAGAAUUUCACUAUAUUCAGAGCAAGCUAGGAAUUGUUUCUCUUCUACUGGGCACAAUGCAUGCAUUGAUUUUCGCCUGGAAUAAAUGGGUAGAUAUAAAACAAUUUGUGUGGUAUACCCCUCCAACUUUUAUGAUAGCUGUUUUCCUUCCAAUUGUUGUCCUGACAUGUAAAGGUGCACUAUUCCUGCCAUGCUUAAGGAAGAAGAUACUGAAGAUUAGACAUGGUUGGGAAGAUGUCACCAAAAUUAGCAAAACUGAGAUGUCUUCCCAGUUGUAGAAUUAGUGUUUACACAGAUUUUUGUUCACUAUUGAUAUAUUUUAUCACAAACACUUCAAAUUUGCAUUUGUUAUUAUAAUGACCACUUAAGGA